CUGUGUGUGUGUGUGAGAGAGAGAGAGAGAGAGAGAGGAGAGGAGGGAAGGAAGGAGAUCGACGGAGAGACCCAGAGGUGCUGGAGACCCAGACAGCGCUGGGAGAGCCACUCAGGAUCUUUUGGGGGAACCCAACAAAUGUGAACAUGGGGUCUAUCACCGGAGCUGUCCUCAAGACGCUACUUCUGUUAUCUACUCAAAAUUGGAACAGGGUCAUAGCUGGGAAUUCCUAUGAUUGUGAUGAGCCUCUGGUGUCCACCUUGUCUCAGGCAUCAUUCAGCAGUUCGUCCGAACUUUCUAGCAGUCAUGGUGCUGGAUUUGCAAGACUAAAUCGAAGAGAUGGAGCUGGUGGCUGGUCUCCACUUGUGUCAAACAAAUACCAGUGGUUGCAGAUUGACCUUGGAGAGAGAAUGGAGACCACCGCUGUGGCCACCCAGGGGGGAUACGGGAGCUCCAACUGGGUGACCAGCUACCUCCUGAUGUUCAGCGACAGUGGCAGGAACUGGAAACAGUAUCGACAAGAAGACAGCAUCUGGGGCUUUUCAGGAAAUGCAAAUGCUGACAGUGUUGUGUACUAUAGACUCCAGCCUUCUAUCAAAGCCCGAUUUCUGCGCUUCAUCCCUUUAGAGUGGAACCCCAGGGGCAGAAUCGGAAUGCGGAUCGAGGUGUUCGGAUGUGCAUACAGAUCAGAGGUGGUUGAUCUUGAUGGAAAAAGUUCCCUUCUCUACAGAUUUGACCAAAACUCCCUGAGCCCAGUAAAGGAUAUUAUUUCUUUGAAAUUUAAAACUAUGCAGAGUGAUGGAAUUCUGCUCCACCGGGAAGGGCAAAACGGAGAUCACAUCACACUGGAAUUAAGAAGAGGAAGGCUCUUUUUACUUAUUAAUUCAGGGGAAGCCAGACUGCCCUCGGCGCACACGCUCAUCAAUCUCACCCUGGGCAGCCUGCUGGACGAUCAGCACUGGCACUCCGUGCUCCUCCAGCGCGUGGGCAAGCAAGUCAACUUUACAGUAGAUGAGCACAGGCACCGUUUCCACGCCCAGGGAGAGUUCAGUUACCUGGAUCUUGAUUAUGAGAUCAGCUUUGGAGGGAUUCCAGCACCUGGAAAAUCAGUAUCAUUCCCCCAUAAGAAUUUUCAUGGGUGUCUAGAAAACCUCUUUUAUAAUGGAGUAGAUAUCAUUGAUUUGGCCAAGCAACAAAAACCGGAGAUCAUCGCCACGGGAAAUGUGUCGUUUUCCUGUUCACAAUCACAGUCUGUGCCUGUCACUUUUCUCAGCCCCAAGAGUUACUUAGCCCUGCCAGGCUUUUCCAGGGAGGACGAGCUUUCGGCCAUGUUUCAAAUUCGAACCUGGAAUAAGGCAGGACUUCUGCUAUUCAGCGAACUUCACCUGGUUUCAGGGGGUCUCCUCCUCUUUCUUAAUGAUGGAAAACUUAGGCUGAAUCUCUACCAGCCAGGAAAAUUACCCAGUGACAUCACAGCAGGUGUUGGAUUAAAUGACGGGCAGUGGCAUUCCAUCUCCUUUUCUGCCAAACGGAAUCACUUGAGUGUGGCCGUAGAUGGCCAAGUGGCCUCUGCCGCUUCUUCCCUGGGGCCUGAGCAGUUUUAUUCAGGUGGUACCUAUUAUUUCGGAGGUUGCCCUGACAACAGCUUCGGAUCCAAAUGUAAAAAUCCAGUGGGUGGAUUUCAGGGGUGUAUGAGACUCAUUUCUAUUGGUAACAAGGUGGUAGAUCUGAUUUCAGUUCAGCAGGGGUCCCUUGGAAACUUCAGUGACCUUCAGAUAGACUCAUGUGGAAUCACAGACAGGUGUUUGCCCAACUAUUGUGAACACGGUGGUGAAUGUUCCCAGUCGUGGAGCACCUUUCACUGCAACUGUGCGAACACCGGCUACACAGGAGCUACCUGCCACAACUCUAUCUAUGAGCAGUCAUGUGAAGCCUAUAAGCACAGAGGAAAUACUUCAGGGUUUUACUAUAUAGAUUCAGAUGGAAGUGGUCCCCUGGAGCCCUUUCUUCUAUAUUGCAAUAUGACUGAAACUGCAUGGACGGUCAUACAGCACAAUGGCUCUGACUUAACAAGAGUCAGAAACACUAACCCAGAGAACCCAUACGCUGGGUUUUUCGAGUAUGUGGCCAGCAUGGAGCAGCUCCAGGCCACAAUUAACCUCGCGGAGCACUGUGAACAGGAGCUUACCUACUACUGUAAGAAGUCACGACUUGUCAAUAAACAAGACGGAAGCCCUCUGAGUUGGUGGGUUGGAAGAACCAAUGAAACGCAAACGUACUGGGGAGGUUCUUUGCCUGAGCCUCAGAAAUGUACUUGUGGAUUAGAAGGGAACUGCAUUGAUUCUCAGUAUUACUGCAACUGUGAUGCUGACCGGAAUGAAUGGACCAAUGACACUGGAUUCCUUUCUUACAAAGAGCAUCUGCCAGUGAGGAAGAUAGUGGUUACAGACACGGGCCGACCGCACUCAGAAGCAGCUUAUAAACUGGGACCUCUCCUCUGCCGGGGAGACAGGUCAUUUUGGAAUUCAGCUUCCUUCAAUACUGAGGCCUCAUACCUUCAUUUUCCUACUUUCCAUGGAGAACUUAGUGCAGAUGUAUCUUUCUUUUUUAAGACAACAGCUUCAUCUGGGGUAUUUUUAGAGAACCUGGGGAUUACCGAUUUUAUAAGGAUAGAGCUACGCUCUCCGGCAGUAGUGACCUUUUCAUUUGAUGUGGGGAAUGGGCCUUUUGAAAUCUCGGUGCAGUCACCAGCGCACUUCAACGACAACCAGUGGCACCACGUCAGGGUGGAAAGGAACAUGAAGGAGGCAUCUCUUCAAGUGGACCAGCUCUUACCGAAGAUGCAGCCUGCUCCCACCGAUGGGCACGUCCUCUUACAGCUCAACAGUCAGCUCUUCGUGGGUGGAACAGCCACCAGACAGAGGGGCUUUCUGGGCUGCAUUCGGUCUCUGCAGCUGAACGGAAUGUCCCUGGACCUGGAAGAAAGAGCUAAGGUGACACCCGGAGUGGAGCCGGGUUGUAGAGGGCACUGCAGCAGCUACGGAAAGUUGUGUCAGAAUGGAGGGAAAUGCAGAGAAAAGCUCAGCGGGUUCUCUUGUGACUGCACCUUCUCUGCAUAUGCAGGGCCUUUCUGCUCCAAAGAGAUUUCUGCAUAUUUUGGAUCUGGCUCAUCUGUGAUUUACAAUUUUCAAGAAAAUUAUUCCUUAAAUAAAAAUUCCAGCUCCCACGCUGCUUCAUUUCAUGGCGAUAUGAAGCUGAGCAGAGAAAUGAUCAAAUUUAGCUUUCGAACAACACGAGCACCAAGCUUACUGCUUUAUGUGAGCUCCUUUUAUAAAGAAUACCUUUCAGUUAUCAUUGCCAAAAAUGGAAGUUUGCAGAUCAGGUACAAGCUAAAUAGAUAUCAAGAACCUGAUGUCGUUAACUUUGAUUUCAAAAACAUGGCGGAUGGACAGCUUCACCAUGUAGAGAUUAACAGAGAAGAAGGAGUGGUCUUCGUAGAGAUCGAUGAUAAUGCAAAGAGACAAGUCCACCUGUCAUCAGGUACAGAAUUCAGUGCCAUCAGGUCUCUUGUACUGGGCAGGAUUUUAGAACACAGUGAUGUAGACCAGGAGACGGCACUGGCUGGUGCGCAGGGCUUCCUGGGCUGUCUCUCUGCCGUGCAGCUCAGCCACGUGGCCCCGCUGAAGGCUGCGCUGCAGCCCAGCCACCCGGCCCCCAUCACCGUCUCGGGACAUGUGACAGAGUCCAGCUGUAUGGCCCAGGCCGGCACUGACGCCACAUUGAGAGAAAGGACACACUCGUUUGCAGGUGAUCAUUCGGGAACAAGAGACAACAGACAACCCCAUGCUAAUGCGAUCAGAAGUGACUCUGCAGUGAUUGGAGGUUUGAUAGCUGUUGUGGUCUUUAUCUUGCUGUGCAUCGCUGCCAUAGCCGUUCGCAUCUAUCAGCAGAAAAGGUUAUACAAAAGGAAUGAGGCAAAAAGGUCAGAGAAUGCAGACAGUGCCGAGGCUGUUUUGAAAAGUGAGCUUAAUGUACAAAGCGCAGUCAAUGAAAAUCAGAGAGAGUACUUCUUCUGAUGGGCGGCUGUGAUUUAACUUGCAGUUCCGACGGUCUGUUCUAAUAGCCAGGGGCUCUCAGUGGACAAGAAAACGCUCUUCCACUGAACGUACAGGCACUGGAUUUGCAGCACAGCCAUCUUGCCGUAGCCAGACUCGAGAUGGCUUCGGGAGGCCUCGUGCAGUGACGUAUUUCCCAUAGCAGUCGUUCCAU